UAAUUAACGGUGGUGUAUUAAAAUAAAGUCAUUAUCAGUAGCUAUGUGUCAGGCUAAAGUUCACUGAAUUAAAAUAAUGAUCAGACUGAGCUGUUCUGUCCUGAUAUCAGUGGCAGACAAAGUCCAUCAGUCCAACACUGUCUCCCUGCUGCUUGUUUGCCCGGCAUAUACAUAUAUAUAUUCACACACAGACAAGUCCAGGAGAGGCAUUUCAAACUGUUGAUCCCACUGUUCACACCGUGUUGAUCUGUUUGUAACACAAGGAAUCCUGCAGCCUACAGCAAGCAACACCAUUGUAACCUACUUAUCCCUGAACUGAGCCAGAACUGAGGAACAUUCUCGACAUGGGGUGGAUUUGGACUAAAGAAGCAGCUUAUAUGUAUCUGCUUGGCUGUGUGCUGGGAUCCUAUUUCUGUGAAUCAGUGCCUGUGCAUAAUAACCAUCUCCUGCCUGGAAAUACUGACAAUAUAAUGAAUGGAAAAGAGACAGUUUUUUACAGAGACUGCUCGGAAAUUUUAUAUAAGUCCCAAGGCAUUGCAACAGAUGGUCUAUAUAUAAUACAACCAGCAGAUGUUCCAAUUGUUGUUGUUUGUAUCAUGCAAGACAAUGGAUGGACGGUUAUCCAGCACAUCACUGCAAAUAGCAGUUUGGACUUUGAUCGUGGUUGGGAAGACUAUAAAUUUGGCUUUGGUAGUGUCCUUGGAGACCACUGGCUGGGCAACGAAUACAUGCAUCAGUUAACCCAGCCUCCAGGCCUUCAGAAACUGGGCAUCAGACUUGUAACUAUGGAAGGGGAGAUUAAGUGGGGCGUGUAUGAUCCAGUCCUUAUUGAACCUGAAGAUUCUCAGUACCGACUGCGUUUAGGACUGUACCACGGUUCUGCCACAGAUGCUCUUACACGUGACACUGAAGCAUAUGUCCAUGAUAACCAAAAAUUUACCACUCGGGACCGAGACAAUGACAACUAUAUUCAUAACUGUGCAAAGUUAGAGCACGAGGGCAUAGCCGGAGGUGGAUGGUGGUAUGAUGCCUGUGCUGGGGCAAACCUUAACCGUAGAAAUGUUAUUUAUUGGCAAAGGGACUGCACCAAGGACAAACUUUGCAAAUACGCCACCAUGAUGUUGCAAUCUAACUGGAAUAAGGGAUAUGGGAAGAGAGGCAACUGCCAUAAGGAUGAGUUAUAGAGUCCCGAACCACUCUCAGAAAAACCUUCUUGGCAUAAAUGAUUGGGUAAAAUAUCCUGACUAUAAAUUUGACCUUGAAGCUUGAAAAAGGGUGAGACUAAGCCAGAAAAUGUGCCUGGUUGUCUGACUUAAUAAAUUAAAUGUUUCACUUUUUGCAACAAAGAUGUGCUACAGCUGUAUUUUUUCAUAUAAAUUUGACCACACAGAUGUUAUACAGUACUGUUGCUAAACCCAGUCACCUCCUUUCAGCUCUUAAACUGAUCACACACACACAUACAACUCUGUUUGGACAGGUUGCUUAAUGGUUGGGUCUUUGCUCAUUUGGCUACCCACACAGUGAGUCAAAUAGUACUCUCAGGCCUUUGGUAGAAUCAUUUGUAGCAGCUCAACCAUCAUUGGGCUACGUAUAUGGUCCAAACCUGUCCUUAAUUGGGUUAUCUGCCUACCCCUACUGAUAUGGGGAGAAGCAUGUUGAAAUAUUUAUCUGGAAGUCAAAAUUUUUUGGUCUCAUACACAGGCUGAUCAGCAGCCAACAACAUUAGCUUAAAUAAAAAAAAAGAGAUUCUAACCAUUUAUGCUUCUGUAAAGACAUUUUAUUUAUAUUAAAAGGAUCUACGUCUUGCG